GGCUCUUCACCCGGAGAACAACCGUCGGCUACCUGUAGAAUAACCGGCGGCUACCUGCAGAAUAAUCGGCGGCUACCUGCAGAAUAAUCGGCGGCUACCUGUAGAAUAAUCGGCGGCUACCUGUAGAAUAAUCCACACUCUCAGCGCCUCAGCGCGGAUUACUUUAUUUAUUACUUUUUUAUAUAUUUAAUAAUCAUUUAUUCUGAGGGCUCGUGAAGAGCGCGUGAGUGAGAAGUUCUGCAGAUGAUGGAUCCUCAUAACUAUGAGAGCAAUGACGGGUCUCUCGCUGCGGGAAACGGACCGGACGAGCUGGACUUUCCGUUCCCUCUUUUCCUCUACAGCCAAACCGGCACUGACCUUCAGCACGAGGACCCAGAUGACCUCGACCCUCGGGUACUUGGGCACCUUGACGCUAACCCGUCCUCAUCCUUUAACACCCUUCACCAGUCCUCCUACCAUCAUCCAUCUUCUGAGGACCUCAACUCUUAUCAUCAUUCAGAGCUGAGAGACCUUCUUGGUCAAUCGCUCUCAUCCCAAAUGGGAGCUCUUCCAGCCUCCAGUCCCAGGAUCGAGAUCACCUGCCCUGAUCUGCACCAUCACCGCGAACAUAUGCAAACGGCUCCCGUGGACAUCAAUCGACGGCUCACCGUUCCCCCCUACCAGAACCCCCUGUACAGGGAAAACCUGAGCCCAGCCAGCAGCACCUCCUCCACCAGCUGGCAGUCAGAGGCCUGCUCCCCUCAGAUGUCUCCUGCGGCGUCGGUAGCCGAUCUUUGCCCCAUGCUCCAGGCCAUCCAUGCUUCUGGCUCACCCCGUACCUCACCCACCACGUCUCCACGUACGAGCAUCACAGAGGAGACUUUCCUGAACUACCGUCAGCCCUCCUCACGGCCAGGCUCACGCUCGUCUUCUCCGCAGGGCAAACGCACCUACGAGCAGUACCAGAACCCCAACCUGGUGCCUCAGCGCUCUCGAAGCCCCUCUCCACACUUCGGGAGGGAGGAACAGCCCGAGCCCUAUGAAACCCCAGCCAACCUGGACGACUUUGUCGACAGUCUCAACCGACCAUACCUGGCCAAACCCAUUCCCACCAAGAUGUACAGACAGUUGGAGCCAGCCGUCUUCCCGUCUGUUCAAGAUGUAAAGCAGGAACCUGUGAUGGAGCCUUCCUAUGUCAUGCCAUCGCUUAACUGGCCAAACCAGCUGCCUUCAGGGAUGUGCAGUGUGUCUGUUGUGCCUGGGCCUGCUCUGGAAUGGGCUCUGCCCAGCAGCGUCGAUCAGUAUGAGCUGAGUAUAGAGGUUCAGCCCAGACCCUACCACAGAGCCCAGUACGAGACGGAGGGCAGCAGAGGGGCUGUUAGGGCAACUUCCCCUCCAGGAGGACAUCCUGUGGUUCAGUUGCAUGGAUACAGAGGACGAGAUGCUCUAGCGCUGCAGGUCUUCAUCGGGACGGCUGAUGAUCGAGCCGUGAGGCCACACGCCUUCUACCAGGUUCACCGCAUCACCGGCAAGACCGUCACCACCAGCAGCCAUGAGAGAAUUCUUCACGGAACCAAGAUUCUGGAGCUGCCGCUGGAACCCAAGGACAACAUGCGGGCAGUUGUGGACUGCGCCGGCAUUCUGAAGCUAAAGAACGCUGAUAUCGAGCUGCAGAAAGGCGAGACAGACGUCGGACGUAAGAACACACGGGUUCGCCUGGUCUUCCGGGUCCACGUGCCUCAGCCUGGGGGUCAGUGGCUCUCUCUCCAAGUGACCUCCAAUCCCAUUGAGUGCUCUCAAAGAUCUGCACAUGAGCUUCCAGCUGUGGAGAGGCAGGAUGUGGACUGCUGCUCAGUGCUGGGUGGCCUGCAGAUGAUCCUCACCGGACAAAACUUUACCUCUGAGUCCCGGGUGAUCUUCACCGAAAAAACACAAGAAGGCUUGGAAGUUUGGGAGGCAGAAGCUACAGUUGACGGAAAGAAGAGCCAAGCCAACAUGCUCUACGUGAAAAUUCCUCCAUAUCGGGACCACAGCAUCUACCAACCGGCCAAAGUUAACUUCUGUGUGCUGAAUGGGAAGAGGAAGCGCAGUCAGCCGCAGCAUUUCACCUACAUGCCUCUCUCAGUGCCGCUGAUAAAGACGGAGCCAGUGGAUGAGUAUCAGUAUCAGCAGCUUGACUGCGGCGUUUCUCAGAUUUUGAGCAUCUCUCCACAGUCCUGCCGUCACACCACCCAGCUCCCCUCCAGUGGCUGUUCUAUCCCAGUUGUGGCAGCUUCCAUCUCCCCGAGGGCCAGCCCAACCUUUUACCCACCAGCCUCAGGGUACCAGCUCCAGCACCCGCCAGCCCUCUACCAAAGCCAGGUGGAGGUCCUCAGCAGCAGCCCUGGCCAUUACCAGCCCCCCCUGGAUCACGCGAGCCCCCAGAGUCGUGCUAACCUAACCUCCCACCUCAAACCCACCAGCUACCAGCAGCACACUGUGGCUGGGCUUGGCUACGAAGCUGCUGCCUCUGUGUAUCCAGGCCUGGAGGUGUCAGAGUUUAACCCCACGGUGACUCAUCAGAGAGCCUUCGUGCAGAGGGCAGCCCCCGCCGCUGGAAGAUCUCCUCCAGCACAGAGCUUCAUCCAGCAAGGGUCUCGUUCUCCUGUGGAGCAUCAGAGAACCAGCAGCCCUGCGAGAGUCACCGUCAAGCAGGAGAACCUGGACCAGGCGUAUCUGGAUGAUGUGAAUGAAGUGAUCAGAAAAGAUCUGAUCGUUCACCCCAGCGAACAGUGAUGACGGACAUCUGAUGACGUCUCAGAACAUCUCAGCCCAAGUCUUCCUCCAGAGGGAUUAGAGCCACAGAUGCUUUUAAAGACUUUUUUUAGCCCUUUAAAGAUUUUAUUUAGCCCUAAUGUCUGUAUAGUACAUGUACAGAUGCAUUUAAAAAAAAUCAUCAAGAAUAUAAUUGAAAAGUUGCUCUAUUUUAGUAAUUCAUAUAUUAUAUAGAUGUAUUACACACAGGUUGAUCUAUUUUAAGCGUUUAUUUCUUUUAUUAGAAUAGAAGUGUGGGCAGUGUGCCAAGUCCUGCUGGAAAAUGAAAUCCGCAUCUCCAUAAAAGUUGUCAGCAGCAGAGGGAAGCAUGAAGUGCUGUAAGAUUUUGGGGGAAAACAAAACUGCACUGACUUUAGACUUGAUAAUAAAACACAGUGGAUCUACACCAGCAGAUGACAUGUCUCUUUAUCCAAACCAUCACUGAUCAUCAGUAAAUUUUACAUUUCAUUUAAAGUAAAUCAAGGGAUCAGAGUCUGGAGGAAGAGUGGAGAGACACACAAUCCAAACUGCUCGAGGUCUAGUGUGAAGUUUCCACCAA